AUGGCUGCAUUGGUUCACACCUAUCCGCAGCAGACAUCUACGACCGCAAUGCUUCAAACUCGCCCUUCCUCGAACGGUGCCAUGCUAUCAGCAAGCCAAUCACACGGCUCUCAGCAAUACAACAUGGGGGCCUCACAGUCUCCUAGGUCUGCUUAUCAACAAGGUGGACCUAGAGGAAGCUCCAUUUCCACGCAACCGUACGCCUUCUCUAGCACUCCAAACCUCGGCCAAACUCUAUCCUGGCAGCAAUACGGUGCAUACAGAACAAACCCUUCGCCCACGGUUCCGCCUCCCCAGGCGUAUGAUGCGGCCCCAAACCACCGUUCUGUCAUGCAAGGCAACGCGCCUGUUUAUUUAAGCUCGUUUGGAGUGAGUCACGGUGGCUCGCGAGAUGACUCGGCGCUCCCGCUCACCCGAAAUACUGCGCCGACGCCCCGUCCGCACUCAUUCUUGUCCGUUUCAACCCAGCCGUCAUUCUCAGCCUCCACCAAGCAGACUGGGCCGGAUCGCUACAGGCGCACGGCAGGUGCGCAACCCCCACACCAUGGUCGCUCUCAUAGUUCCACGCUGCAACCCAGCCCUUCGAUAAUUCCCCCAAGCCACAUGUCUCAAGCAAACCGCAGAUACUCGGCGUCAAACCUCACCGGAAGUCAGGGCUUGAUGUCGGUAUCGUCCAUGGACGACUUGAUGCAAUUUAAAAGGGCGGGCCAAGAGGAUGCCAUGCGCGCCCAUCGACGGAGCGUGCACAAGAGCGAAAACCCCGAACUUGUUAAAACGAGGCCAAUUUCGCGGGAGAGUGCGGACGCCAACAAGCAGACUCGAAACACGCGAUUAAGCCCUCACUCACGUAGCGGCAGCACAGAGAGUGUAUCGUCGACUCGCAGUGGGCACUCGAGACCAUCUUCUGCGACCAACCGCGCCCCAACAUGCAACCCAUCUCCACUGUCCAGUGAUGAAACGCCUGGCAAGAACGAUCAGCAGAAGAUGUUCAACAUCCCCCCCCGGGGCUCUUCAUCUGAUGUUGCGAAGCGCACCCUCAACUCGUCUCCUUUAUCCAAGCCGGCGACGAUGGCUAAUGAGCACGGUGAAGAUGGCUCCUUGCCUGUCGUUGGCACUGCGACCAACCAGGAGUCACCGGCAGUCAAGCAGCUCGCGGCCCUGAAUCAGAAAGGAGGCAAGGGCAAGAGCAAGACGUCUCGAUUGCGACGGGCGUUUUCCUUUGGCAGUGCCACUGAAUUUCGCAAAACUGUGGAGGAUGUUGACAGAUCGGAGCCAUCUAGACUUCACAAGAAGCCCACGCAGGACGAGGCAUACGAUGCAGAGCAGGCUCGUAUUGUGCGGGCACAAGAGGCUGGCGGCAUUGGAAACAGCAUCUACGGCGGUCGGUUCUUUGGCUCCACCGACAACUUAUCCAUCUCGUCGACAGCCUCUUCAGCAUCCAUCAUGAUUCGCAAGAUGGGCAAGGGUAUGAAGAAAAGCACGCGGUCUCUGGUGGGCCUCUUCCGACCCAGGUCUAUCAUUGGGGCCACCAUUGACGAAGCGACGGCUCCUCAGUCAAGCAGUCAGGCCAUUGUUUCCAUGGUUACUGUCGAGGCAGAGACGCAGCGUGUCAACGUCACACCUGACCCUCACGCAGCCAACGGAGGCACAGGCUUCCCUCACCUCGAGCGGAACUCGAUGGACGCGGCGCAAGUGACGGAAACUGGCGCCGAGCGACUGGGUAGUUCCUCCGGGGAACAAGCCGCCAACAAUCGCCAAAGCACCCUUGGCCCCGAAAGCGAGAGGGCAGAGGCACUGGCGGCGGUUAGGAAGGGUAUUUUGAAGCGAUCUGGGAGCCCCUCGGUCAAACCGGUAGAGGCAACGUCCUCGCCUGAGCUCGUUCUUCCCGUCAUUCCAGCUGUUGCCGACUCCCCGAUCUCGAGUGCCCCUAGCACGCCGAACGAUGAUGCUCUUGGUCAUAGAAGGACCGGCUCCAUCGCAAUCGGCGGCGAGGAUUACUUCAUGUCGGCUUUGCGGCUCCGUCGGGACAGUCAGUCGGGCACUCCGUCCGCCAAGCGUAACGCAACCUUUUCCCCUCGCCUCAUCUUUUAUGAUACAUGGCCAAGCCAGGAAUAUGACAGACGGGGCGAAAUCGCUACCUGCAACAGGCUCACUCCACUUCUCGCACAACAAAUCAAGGAGGAACUUAAUUCGUUCAAAAUGGAAAUGGAGGUGCACGAAAACUCCAAGAUUUACACACACUUUUUCUGA